GAGAACGUGAUAAUACCAUACAAUAAUUAUACAUCUGCUGCCUUGUGUUUGUAUGCAGUGAUCAGCUGUUAUGCUGCCAAAGAAACAUUUAAAUGAAUUAUAAAUUAUAAAAAAAUGUUUAUGCUUUCAUUGAAUUUUUAAAAAACAAAUCUCAGCAUAAAUCUACAAGAUGCCGGAAGUUAUGAUAUGCGGUAUACCCGUUAACUUUCCAUUUGAGCCCUAUGAAGUACAAAAGGCUUACAUGGCCAGAGUUAUUGAAAGUUUGCAAAAUAAUACAAACGCUCUUUUGGAAUCGCCUACAGGUACUGGAAAAACAUUGAGUUUAUUAUGUUCCUCUAUUGCUUGGCUAUUAGUGAAAAAGGCACAGCUGCAAAUGAAUGCCCAACUAGGGAAUUUUUCUGAACAUAGUGGGGCGGAUAAUUUAACACAGGCUAUGCAAGAAUUAAAACGAUCAAGCUACAGGCAUGUUAAGGCAACAGUAUUGGGAUCCAGAGACCAAAUGUGCAUACAUCCUGAAGUCUCCAAAGAAACAAACAAUAUGAACAAAGUUCAUAUGUGUCAGCUUAGGGUGAAGUCUAGAACCUGUCAUUUUUACAAUAAUGUUGAAUCAAAGAAGGAUGACCGAUCAGUAAAAGGUGAUGAAAUAUUGGACAUUGAAGAUUUAGUAACUGUUGGAAAGAAAUUAAAAUGCUGCCCAUAUUACUUGUCAAAGGAAUUGAAGCAAGAUGCUGAUAUAGUGUUUAUGCCUUAUAAUUACUUAUUGGACCCUAAAUCUAGAAAAGCAAAUGGUGUAGAACUCAUGAAUAAUGUUAUUAUACUUGAUGAAGCUCACAAUGUUGAAAAGAUGUGUGAAGAAUCGGCCUCUUUGCAAAUUAGGACCACAGAUGUAGCUUUAUGCAUUGAUGAAAUAACACAUAUAAUGCGGUCAUUUGCAGAAGGUGGUGAAGAAAAUCUAGAUUCUACUGUAGAUGCAAACCAGCCCAAGGACUUCACAUGUGAAGACUUAUGUGUCUUGAAAGAAAUAAUGCUUGCUCUAGAGAAGGCAGUAGAUGAAAUUGAAGUUGGUACUGAUGGUUCAACAUACCCUGGAGGUUUUAUAUUUGAACUAUUAGCAAAAGCUGAGAUUAAAGAUCAUAAUCAAAUGUCUGUCAUAACAUUAAUAGAGAAUUUGAUACAAUACUUAUCUAUGGGGAGUGCAUCACCGUUUCAACGUAAAGGUGUUGGUUUGCAAAAAAUUGUUGAUUUGCUUAAUGUUGUUUUUAGUGGGACUACACACUCUUACAAAGAAAGAGUAAAGAUGUGCUAUAAAGUGCAUAUUCAGACAGAAGAAAAGAAAAAUAACAAGAAAACAGAUAGUUGGGGUGCCUUAAAAUCAACCAAUACAAAAACAGCUGAAAGAGUUCUAAGUUAUUGGUGUUUUAGUCCAGGUUUUGGGAUGAAACAACUCUUAGAUCAAAAUGUUAGGAGUAUAAUUUUAACUAGUGGGACUUUAGCUCCAUUAAAACCUUUAAUAUCUGAAUUGGGAAUACCAAUUGGUGUGCAGUUAGAAAAUCCUCAUAUAGUAAAAUCAAAUCAAAUUUGUGUCAAGAUUGUAAGUCACGGACCUGAUUCUGUACAACUUAAUUCAAAUUACCAGAAUAGAGAUAAUCCAAAAUACAUUUCAUCUUUGGGACGGACAAUAUUGAGUUUUUCUCGUGUUGUUCCCGACGGUUUACUAGUCUUUUUCCCCUCGUAUCCUAUAAUGACCAAAUGUCAAGAAAUGUGGCAAGCUGAAGGUAUAUGGUCCAGUAUUAGCAACAUUAAACCAAUAUUUGUGGAACCACAACGGAAAGAUACUUUUAAUGCUAUUAUUAAUGAUUUUUACAGCAAAAUUAGUGACCCUAGUACAAGAGGAGCAUGUUUUAUGGCAGUAUGUAGAGGAAAAGUAUCUGAAGGGUUAGAUUUUGCUGAUAUGAAUGGAAGAGCUGUAAUUAUAACUGGAUUACCAUUUCCACCUCUCAAAGAUCCCAGAAUAGUACUUAAAAAGAAAUACUUGGAAGAACUGAGGGCAAAGGAUAAAGAUUAUUUGUCAGGGGAUGAGUGGUAUUCUUUAGAAGCUACCAGAGCUGUAAAUCAAGCUAUAGGCAGAGUAAUUAGGCAUCAGAAUGAUUACGGAGCUAUUUUAUUAUGUGACACUAGAUUUAAUAGCCCAAAAUUAAAAGGACAAUUGUCAGCUUGGUUAAGAGAUUACAUAAAGGUAUCAAAUAAGUUUGGUGAGACAGUGAGUGAAGUGUGUAGGUUCUUCAAGAAUGCAGAAACAUCACUCCCACCACCUAAACUAAAACCUUUACUACCACAUGAACCUAAUAUUUACAAAGACGAUGGACCUAGAAAUAUUGCUGGAGUAUCAUUUCCUACUGUUAACUCCAGAGCUAUUCCCAAAUCUUCCAAAGCAUCUGUCAGUCAAUAUCCCAAUUCAAAUGAAGUGUAUGCUGAUUUUUCAAUGGAUUUUUAUAAAAAUGCAUCUGCAUAUCGUAAUGAAUUUAAACCAAAACAAGCUAAGGAUUUAUUCAGUGCUAUAGACUCUAGUAAUGAUAAUUCUCAAAUGCCUACAACAUUAGUGACUAUACAUAAGAGAAGUGCUGAUGAGACAAAUGUACCUCAAGCUAAGAAAAAGAAAUUGAAAAUUAAAGCAUUUGGGUUUGAUGAAAAUUUACGCAGUGAAGAAAAAACGGAUAUUGUUAGGCCAGAAAAAGUUGCUCCUGAGUCACUAAUAGAUUUUGUGAAGGAGAUUAAAACAUUAUUACAAGUGGAGCAAUAUAAAACAUUUCAAAUGUCAAUAUCAACAUACAAAAAGGAAGGGAAUUAUGUAGACUUUAUUAAAACUUUAACAAGUAUAUUGGGUAAUAGUAAGUUAUUUUAUUUGCUUAAGGGAAUGAAAAGAUUUCUUAAAGAUGAACAUAAAGUUGCUUUUCAAGAGUAUUGUGAUAAUUUUAAAUUUUGACUUUGAUAUAUUAUAAUGUAUAGAUGUAUUAGCUAAUUAUUAAUGCCAAAAACAAAAAAAAAUAAUAAAAUUUUAAAUUAUUCAAU